UAUUCUACUGGAGCUGUCUUUUAUUUGAAAAUUGUUAGCGAGGAUGUUGCUUAUUUCUCUUAAUUUUCUGAUGCAGAUAUCUGUACCUCAUAUUGAAGCAGAUAAAGUGGCUCGAGGGGGCCUAGAAAAUAUGACCCUUGUUGAGGUCGGUCCACGAUUCUGCUUGAACCCAAUCAAAAUAUUUGGUGGCAGCUUUGGAGGCCCUACCCUAUAUGAGAAUCCAUUUUACAUAUCACCAAAUCAGAUUCGAGCAUUGGAGAAAAGGAAAAAGGCUGGGAAGUAUGCGAAGAAAGUCAAAGCAAAGACAAGGAGGAAGAUGCAUGAGCUAUCAAAUCCAUUGGAGCCUGAUGAGUUUGCAGAUAUGUGGAAAGAAUGAUACAAUUGAAGACCUUGUCCUUUUUUGUUAUAAGGAACAUAAUUUCCUAUCAUCCUCUAUCCAGCUUGAAAUUGCAUACUUUGCUUAAUUGCUUGUGCACUUCAAGUUUGAGGUUUUUUGUCACAUCAUCCAUACUUCAUUUGCUUCUCUUCAAUAUGAUAUCGUAUUUUUCCCCAAUGUGUCUUAGAUCAAAAGGAGAGAUUGUUGAUGUCUGAUCCUUCAUAUGUCAUAUCAUAUCAUUACUUGUAGGGUUUGCUAUAGGUUUAGGCAGUGGGUGGGUGAACCAUCAAACAUCCACCCAAAAAAAUCACCUAAGCAAACUCUUUUUUUUCUUUUCUUUUUCAGCCUUGUUGUCAAGAUCCGACCCCUUCAUUUUAAA